AUGGCGCAGCUUCAGCGCAUGGAUGCUAACCUUGACACUCUCAGUAAUGAGUUAUGUCAGGUGAACACCUAUGUUGGUCAUAUUGCACAAUGCCAGGCUGAGAUUGGUGGUUACACAGUGGCUUUCUUUCCCGUUGCAUCUGCGAAUGAGAGUGAUGGCUCCGGUUGUGCUGAUGAUGCUGGGGUUGAUGAUGACGCUACUGCUUCUACUGAUGCAGAUGAUGGAGAUGCUAGAGGAGAAAUUCCAGUCAGUUUGGUCAAUUGCACCAAACUUAGGGUAAUGGUCUUAGCAUGGAACAAACUUAUUGGGAAAAUCCCCACGGAGCUUGGCUUUAUGACUAAGCUAGUUUCUUUUCUAGCUCAAGCAGACACAUUGACUGGAGGAAUCCCACCUUCCUUGCGAAAUCUUUCAUUGCUCAUAUAUUUUUCAGUAGCCUAUAAUAAUUUAGAGGGAAAUAUUCUAAAAAGCAUAGGCCAUUUGAAAACUUUAUCAUUUUUCGGGGUUGGAGACAAUAACUUGAACGGUAUAAUCCCUUCCUCAUUCUACAAUAUAUCAUCUAUUAGUGUCUUCUCAUUUACACAAAACCAACUUACUGGAACUCUUCCAGCAAACAUGGGCCUCACUCUCCCUAAUCUCAAAUUAUUCGAACUUGGUAAUAAUAAAUUCUUUGGUUCAAUCCCUAGUUCUUUAUGCAAUGCAUCUCAGCGUCAAAAACUUGAUCUAGGCAAUAAUAGCUUUGUAGGACCAAUUCCCACUAAUUUGGAAUAUCUACUAGAUUUUGAACUCCUUCGUCUAACUAGUAAUAACUUAGGAAGGGAUUUGGACUUCCUAACAACUUUAAGAAAUUGUAUGAAAAUGGAAGAGCUAGGAAUUGAUGCAAACAAAUUCGAAGGUGUUUUGCCCAAUUCUAUUGGCAACUUGUCAACACAACUUAAUGUAUUGUAUUUAGGAGGCAACCAAAUAUUUGGAUCGAUUCCUGAAACAUUGCAAAAUCUUAUUAACCUAAUUAUCUUGGAAAUGGACGAGAAUCUUUUCACAGGUGUGAUGCCUACUUAUUUUGGGAAGUUUCAAAAAUUGCAAGGAUUGUUUUUAUCAAAGAACAAAUUGUUAGGGCAAAUCCCAAGCUCCAUUGGCAACCUCACUCAAUUGGUUGUAUUGGACAUUUCUCAAAACAAUUUAGAAGGAAGCAUACCUAUUACUAUUGGUAAUUGCCGAAGUUUGCAACAACUGAUUGUUUCACAAAAUUACCUUGGUGGAGUCAUACCUCAGCAGGUUUUUUCUCUUUUCUCUUUGUCGCUAUUACUCAAUUUAUCGUACAACUCAUUUAGUGGCAAAUUGCCUGUUGAACUAGGCAGUUUGAAAAAUAUUAACUCUUUAGAUGUCUUUGAAAACAACUUGUCCGAUGAAAUUCCCGCAACAAUUGAAAAUUGCUUGAAUUUAGAAAACCUAUACCUGCAAGGGGAUUCCUUUGAAGGAAUCAUACCUUCAUCCAUGGCUUUUUUGAAAGGCCUUGAAUGUUUGGAUGUUUCACAAAACAACUUAUCAGGAUUUAUUCCAAAGGGUCUAGAGAAACUUUUAUUUUUUAAAUAUUUGAACAUUUCGUUCAAUGAUAUUGAGGGUUCACUACUAACAGUUGGAGUUUUCAAAAAUGUAGAUGCAAUAUCAAUUAUUGGAAACAAUAAGCUUUCUGGGGGGGAGUAUGGCAUGGGUGGUGAGGCGUCAACUGAGGGGGAUGUAUAUAGCUAUGGAGUCCUUGUGUUGGAAAUGUUUACAGGAAGGAUGCCCACCAACAAUAUGUUUAAAGAUGGUCUCAAUCUCCAUAAUUUUGUUAAGAUGGCAUUACCAAAAAGACUUGCUCAGGUUGUCCACCCAAUGCUUUUGCCCAGAGGUAGAAAUGGGAGCAACAACUUCAACAAUGAUGGCAAUAGAAGAAGAUGA